AUCCUGUCCACCUUGCCCGUUGUCCAAACCGUAUACUUUCACCAGGGCCCCGACCAAAAGCACCCCCAAUCCCACCCAACAUAAAAAUAGCUCACCACCACCACCAAACCAACCCAAUAACCUCCAAGAAAUCAAGAAUACCACCUACCCCUCUCAUCCCAAAUCCUCCUCCACGGGCCCUCCAGCCCUAUGGACCACCUUCCGUGCGCGACUUUCCCACCCGCAGCGCUAACCUCGGCCCUCUGAUUGGCCCUUCCCUCAUCCACGACAAUCCUCCUCCCAAACCAAGCUUUGCUGGGAUGCACCAAUCAUCAUCCCCGCUGCAAUGUGAUCAGCCCGGCGCAGGUGAACCCGCUUGCAUGUCACCUCAGGGCUGAUUGCUGUCAAAUCAGCGUGCUCGAUGAAGCGCUCGUUGAGCACUGUGGUGAGGACUCGUGGAUGUGCGCACCCCGUGCUGAAGGGAGGGGGUUUUUAAUGUGAUUGCCUACGGGAUGGGCUCGGGUAGGGCUGGUCUGGAAGAGAUAUAUAAGUUGUGGAAGGGCUUGGCUGGUGCUUGUUUUACCGCCUACUACUGCUACUACUACUACUACUACUACUACUACACCCUACUACACCCUACUACACCCUACUACUAUCUACGAACGUUGUCUUUUACCUGUCUACCUACAUUCAGACAUAUCUACACCUAAAUCACACUACAAGACAACCAACCCUCCAU